UUUGGCUCGCUGGAUUUGCCAUUAAACAUCUGGAGCCUUUAGCUGCUUCUCUACAGUUUUGGAAGAUUGUUCUUCUCCCUCUGUGCACACGCACAUUGCCACAAUCACAUCUUGCUGACAGACGUGUGACCCUCCACCUCCACAGCCACCUCACUCCCCUUAACCCUCUCCCUACUGUGAAACCAUGGCACUGUCCUCACGCUUAAAACUCUGGGAGAAGAAGAUAAAGGAGGAAAACAAGCCAAUUGUCACAACGGUACCACAUCCGCCUCUGUCAGUUCUUCCAGGUGGUUUCCUCAAGCAGCUCGUCAGAGAUUCAGAGAAAGAGACCAAACAUAAAGAGCCAGAGGUCAAAGAAGAAAGGCCACCAAACAAACUGAGUGACAACCUGGUGCAACAGUUUCUACUCCCAGAUCAGACUCCUCCAAUCCUCGAGGCAGAAAUGUCCCUGCGGACAGAGCAAUUCAGCGACAACAGCGACAACAGCCAACCUCAAGGACGCAACUCAGCACAGCCAGAUGGCAGGUCCUCAUCUCAGUGCCACAUAGUGACUCCUGACUCCAGGGGUAAACCUGAAACCAGACCAGACGUAACACCAGAGCCCCCAAAGCAGAAGCUGCAACAGUGGGACAGAAGGACUGAAAAGAAGAGCAAAAAUAUGGAGGAGCAUACAAAGAAGGAGAAGAUAGAGGAAUUUGGGCAAGGGAAGGAGAAAGAGAAGGGGAUGGAGGAGAGGCAGGAGCCAGAGGGAAUGCAAACAGAGACAACGGUGACAGAGAAUGCCAGGAAGGAGGUUAGGGAUGUGUGGUAUGAAGCUGGAACUGUGUGGUACGUCGACAAGGAUGAUUUCAUCCGUGCUACUCAGCUGAAGCCAGAUGAGGGCACACCAGAGCUGUCCGAGGGCCGGGUGAGGGUCCGGCUUGAGACGGACGGCUCAGUGCAUGAUGUCUCCGAGUAUGAAGUUGAGAAGUGUAAUCCACCAGAGCUCGACCUGUGUGAGGAUCUGAGUGACCUGCAGAGCGUGAAUGAAUGUGGAGCUCUGCACACUCUGACCAGUCGAGCUAAAGCAAAUCUUCCACUGACACAUGCAGGACCAAACCUGGUCAACUUCUGGCCUCCGUUACAGACCCACAGCAAGACCCCAAAGUCACGGCGAGGGGAGUCUGUGUGGGAUGCUCCUCCUGCCCUGGCUGCCCUGGUCAAACGGGUCUACAUGUCUAUGGUUGGCACCAGACGGGAUCACAGUGUGUGUGCAUUGGGACGCAGCGGGACGGGCAAGACCACGGCAUGUCAGACCUUCACACAUGCUCUUAUCAAACAAGCUGGCACAGCAGGAGAGAACAUGAGUGUGGAGCGUGUUCAGGCUAUGUUCACUAUCCUGAGGUCUUUUGGCUGUGUGAGCUCUAAGCACAGUGAUGCGUCGUCUCGAUUUGCUAUGGUUUUCUCAUUGGAUUUUAACCAUGCUGGACAAGCCGCCGCUGGACACCUACAGACCUUGAUGUUGGACAAAUGGAAAGUGUGCCAGAAAAUUCAGGGAGAAAGUAACUUCCUGGUCUUCUCUCAGAUGCUGGCAGGACUCAGCGCAGAGAUGAGGAUCGAACUGCAGCUACACCAGCUCUCUGAAUUCAACUCCUUUGGUAUUGUUCAUCCCGCCAAGGUGGAGGAGAAACAGCGUGCAUCCAUUGCUUUCACAAAGCUGCUGAGUGCCAUGGAAACACUGGGCUUCUCACCCGGCGAGCAGAAGGCGAUAUGGCAUGUUCUGGCUGGUAUUUACCAUCUGGGAGCUGCUGGGGCCUGUAAAGUGGGCAGGAGGCAGUUUAUGAACUUUGACAGUGCUCAGAGAGCAAGCAGUGUGCUUGGAUGUGAAGGUGAUGAUCUGCACACAGCAGUAUUCAAACAUCACCUUCAACAGCUUCUUCAGAGGGCCACCGGGGGCAGCAGAGAGAGGAGUGGUGCCGCAGAAUCGGAGGAAGGUCCGAGGCUAACAGCUGCUCAGUGCCUCAAUGGAAUGGCUGCUGGACUUUAUGAAGAGCUCUUCACUGCCAUCGUGUCACUCAUCAACAGGGCGCUGAGCAGUCAGCAGCUGAUGCUAGCCUCUGUGAUGGUGGUGGACACGCCAGGCCUGAGGAACCCACGACACUCAGCAGAGGAGAGAGGAGCCAGCUGGUCCGAGUUCUGCCACAAUUACCUACAAGAGAGGCUGCUGGAGCAUUACCACUCACAUACGUUCACACAUACACUCGAGAGAUACGCUCAGGAGAAGAUCCACGUGGAGUUUGAAUGUCCAGAGACCAGCCCGGCCGAGGUGGUCUCUGCCAUUGACCAGCCACCUCCACAGGUCCGCGCAGCAGAUGAAGACCGCAGAGGUCUUUUAUGGGUUCUGGAUGAGGAGAUGGUGACGCCAGCCUCUUGUGAAAACAGGGCCGUGGAAAGAGUGUGCCAGUAUUACAGCAACAUGGUGCGACAGUGUGAGCAGCUGCUGCAGUGUGAGGUGAAGCACCUGAUGGGGUCUGAUCCUGUCCGAUACGAUCUGGCUGGAUGGUUCAGCCUCAUCCAGAACAACCCAUCUGCUCUGAACACCAUCUGUCUGCUCCAAAACUCCACUGUAGGGGUUGUGAAAGCCAUGUUCACCCCAAGAAUUUCUCUGCCCCCCCUGUGUCGGGCUCUGGGGGGACUAGAGGGUGGCAGCCAGCGCUCUUUGCAGAGGAAUGGCACCAUCAGGAAGACAUUCAGUGGGGGAAUGGCAGCGAUACGCAGACACUCCCAGUGUAUUGCAGUAAAACUCCAGGCAGAUGCUCUUAUCAAUCUGAUCCGUCGAGCCAGGCCAGUGUUUCUGCAGUGUGUCAGUGCAAAGACUGACAAUGGAAGUUUUGACAUCCCAGCCCUCAGGGUGCAACUGCACUUCACACAGAUCCUGUCAGCUCUGCAGCUAUACCGCAUAGGUUAUUCAGAGCACAUGACUCUGGGGGAUUUCAGGUGUCAUUUCCAGGCUCUCGCUCCUUCAGUCAUGAAACGUUACGCUUCAGUGUUUGUCAACCACGAUGAGAGAAAGGCAGUGGAAGAGCUGCUGGUUGAAUUGGAUGUGGAUAAAAAGAGCAUCCUCGUGGGUGCCAGCCGGGUGUUUAUGAAGCGAGGUGUGUUGUGCUAUCUGGAGCAGCAGAGGGAGAAGCAGGUCACUGGUUGGCUGGUCCACCUACAGGCUGCCUGUUUGGGACAUCUUGCCCGUCAGAAAUAUCGCAAACUCAAGGUGCAGCAGAUGGCAGUGAGUUGUCUGCAGAGGAACCUUCGGGCUCUCAGGGUCGUGUCCAAGUGGAGUUGGUGGAAACUUUUCUGCAGUGUGCGUCCUCUCCUUGAUGUCAACAUGGAUAAUGAGAGGCUCAGGGCCAAAGAGGAUGAAAUAUCAGUUCUGAGACGACGCCUAGAGAAAUCAGAGAAGGAGAGAAAUGAGCUGAGGCAGACUGCAGACAGCCUGGAAACCAAGGUUACAGCUGUGACAUCUGAACUGAGUGAUGAGCGUUUCCGCGGCGAUGCCGUGGGCCAGGCUCUGGAUGUGGAGAGGGCAGAGAGACUUCGACUCAGCAGGGAGAACAAAGACCUGCAGGCUCGCCUAGAUCAGUGUAAAGUGACCAUGGAGACCCUGGAGAAGCAGCUGGAGGAGGAGAAGCAGAAAGCUCAGGCUAAGGAGAGUCAGAGAGGAGCAGUGACAGAAACUGAACUGGUCAUGCAGCUGGAGUGCUGCCAGACAGAGAUGGAAUUUGUUUGCAGACGACUGAAACAGACAGAGGAAAAACUUGAGACAGAAAGACAAACUCGACAAGAGCUCGAUGCCAAGGUGGCGACAUUGCAGGCCCAGCUGGAGCAGUCCAGGAGGAGUGUGACAGAGGUGAAACGUCACUGUCGUCAUUUGACCUCUGACCUUCAGGAUGCCCGGGUCCUUACUGACAGUCUGCAGAGCCGCAUGCAUGAACUGGACCGCAAGCAGAGAAGGUUUGAUAACAAGCUGACUCAGGCUCUGGAGGAAGCUGAGUGUGAGCGAGAGCAGAAGGACAAAGCCUUUCAGGAAAACACAGCGCUGGGAGCUGAAAUAUACAAAUUGCGCUGCAGCCAACAGGAAAGCCAGGCAGAGGUUAGCCGUCUGCAGAAGCAGAAGGAGGACCUGUGUGCUCAGAUCCGUGACCUCAGCCUACCUGUUGACCUUGCCUCAGAGUCACUGCCUGCCCUCAAGAAGCAGCUUCGCCUCCUGGAGAGCCAGGUCAAUGAGAAAGCAGAGGAAAUCACCAAGCUCACUGCCAAAAUACAGCAGCAGCAACAGAUCCACAUGCGGUUUGAGAUAGAGGUGGAAAGGAUGAAGCAGAUCCAUCAAAAGGAGUUGGAAGAUAAAGACGAGGAGUUAGAGGAUGUCCACAAGUCCUCUCAGAGACGACUGAGGCAGCUGGAAAUGCAACUGGAGCAGGAGUAUGAGGAGAAACAGAUGGUGAUUCAUGAGAAGCACGACUUGGAAGGACUCAUUGCAACUCUGUGUGACCAGGUGGGACACAGAGACUUUGAUGUUGAGAAGAAGCUAAGGAGAGAUCUGAAGCGAACUCACGCCCUCCUGGCUGAUGCCCAGCUUCUUCUUGCUACUAUGGAAAGCUCAGGGCAGAACCUACCCAACAGCAGUAAAGACCAGAUAGAGCAUCUGCACUUCCAGCUUGAGGAGAGCGAAGCAAGGCGACUUGAGGCUGAGAGCAUUCAGGCGACUCUCUCCCAGGAGCUGGACAACAAUCAGGCUGAGCUAGAAAACAUCUGCAAGCAGAAGAGUGUGGUGGAUGAAAACUUAGCUCUGCUGCAGCAGGAGAAGGUGGACCUGUUGAAGAGGCUCGAAGAGGAUCAAGAAGACCUAAAUGAACUUAUGAAGAAACACAAAGCGCUCAUUGCGCAGUCAUCCAGUGAUAUUGCUCAGAUCAGAGAACUGCAAGCUGAACUGGAGGAGGUGAAGAAACAGAAACAGUCUCUCCAAGAAGAGCUCCAGCAGUGUGUAUCGAGGGUGCAGUUCCUGGAAUCGUCCACUGUGGGGCGCAGCAUUGUCAGUAAACAAGAGGCACGUGUACGUGACCUGGAAAAUAAAUUAGAGUUUCAGAGAGGGCAAGUGAAGAGGUUUGAGGUGCUGGUGCUGCGGUUGAGGGACAGCGUGGUUCGUCUGGGAGAGGAGCUGGAGCAGAGCGCACAGGCCGAGGCUCGGGAGAGAGAGAAUGCCCGCUAUUACCAGCAGCGUGUGCAGGACAUGAGACUGGAGAUGGAGGAGCUGAGCCAGGCAGAGCAGGAGAGCAGCCGCAGACGCAUGGAGCUGGAAAUGAAGGUUGAAGAGCUCAGCACUGUCAGACAGGCAUUACAGGCGGACCUGGAGACGUCCAUCCGGCGCAUCGUUGAUCUUCAGGCUGCCCUAGAGGAAGUAGAAUCGAGUGAUGACAGCGACACUGAAAGUGACUCUGUGUCCAGUGUCGGCUCUGUUGGGGGAGAAGGCAUUCACACAUGGUCAGGAGUGUCUAGAGGAGGCUCCCGCGGUGGAAGCUCACUUCACAGCAGCCAGGGGGGCCGUCAGUCUGUUGCUGACACCAUCAGCACCUACAGCUUACAUUCUUGUGUGAAUCCUGAUGAUGAGGGCUCUGAGGCUGGAGGCGUUGCUAGCAGAUCUCUUGGUCGAGCCCCAUCCUCCACAGCUCUGUCUGAAUUGUUGGAAGGACUUCGUAAACGCAGAGCUGGCGGUGAUGCAGGAGAUGAAACUGGCAGUACCGUGUCUUUGGCGAUUUAUCAAACAACCGGAGCAUCGACUCUCAGACGGAGAGCCUCGGCCCUCUCUCUCAGUCCAGAAGAUGUCCAGGAGCCCAGACCUGGUCCCAGCAUCCUGAAACCAUCCUCCCCACUCCUGCCACGUUCUACCAAAACUCUCUCUGCAGCUGGAGGCAAAGUCUCUCGCUUUAACUCAGGUGAUUCUCUCUCAUCGCUUCCCUCAUUGCCGCACCUCUCCUCACUUGCUGCUCGUCAUCAUGCUCCUUCCGUCUCCAUCCCAGAGGAAGAGAAGUCGCUGCACUCUGUCACAACUCCCAUCCAGCGCUCCCCUCUGGCAGCACGGCAGUGCAUGGUGGGGAGCCUCAUUCCAGAGGACGUAGGUGAAGGAUCCCUAGGUUCAGAACCCAUGGUCUUCCAAAAUCGGCGUCUGCCUUUGGACCGUGACGACGCGGCCUCAGACAUCUUGCCUGCAAUCAGGAGAGCUCAGUCAACCAGCAGCCUGGCCAGCUCAGUCAGAGGAGGUAGGAGAGCACUAAGCGUCCACUUUGGAGAGCUGCCUCCCUCGAGCCACAGCAGGAAAAGCUCUGAAUCAGAGUCCUCUAGCUCAGGUGGAUCAGGACGAAGCUCCCAGGGUGGUGGGCUGAGACGCAGGUUUGAGAGGCCGCAGGGUGAGAGAUUGGAAGCAGAGGGCAGCGAGGGGGGAGACGUGGCUUCACUCAUGAAGAAAUACCUGAAAAAGGAGACUGACUGAAGCAGAUGUGCGGCAGUCUCAGAGACCUUUGGAGAUGGCUAGUGUUCCUCCCACGGCAACACAGAAGCUUUUUGACUCUUCAUAUGGAAAUUCACAAGUCACCAAAAAUACAUUUGUUCAAUUUUUGAUCACUCAGUCUGUAUUUAAAGUAAGCAGUUUAUAUAUGAAUAAAGACAAUGAAAUGAACAGUUUGCUUUGUGACUUUAC